AUGUCCAUGAAUAAUUCACCUUCGCGGAUGAACUCGCGGAAGCUACUUUCGCGGAUUUCACAAAGUGCAGUCCAUGUUAGAGGAUCCGGCUCAUCAUCAAACGAAUCACGAAAGUGUAUCCAAAAGCCACAGCUUUUGCUGUGGGAAAAAUGGCUUUAUGCAGGGGCUGCUGGGCAGAAGUUCCUGCUCUGUGGUGACGUUGUAGAGGACGUAUUGCCUUCUCACGAUCAACUCUCGACCACGUUUGCCAUCCCAGAACCUGAGCAGGAAUUGAUGAAAGUCCUAACCAAUAUAUUUAAUUAA